CAAAUGUCAAAUCAUAUGUAGUAUAGGCGCUGGGUCACGAAAUGUUUUAAAGGAGUUUAAGUUAUUAGAGAGAAAUACUCUAGGUCCCAUGGCGAGCUGUAUGUGCGAGUUACACAUAUGGUCUUUAAAAAAUCAUUUUGUAAUACCAGGUUAGUGUUAGUAUCAGGAAGUCUUAUCAACUUUUAGUCUAAGUUACACAGGGAGGAAAUGUAGUCAUCAUACACACAUUCACAUGAUCACUGUUUUGAAAUUUAAAUUCCUUUUCCUGUAGCAAAGACUAUUAUAUUAUGUGUUCUGUUGUCAUUGCAGACUUUCCUUUCCGAUAGUUGGUCUGCAACUAGGGUUAUUAGAAUAUUAAUCUAGUUCAGGGGCGUGAAAAAAUGUGCGGUUGUGAAACCUAUGCGGGGGGGGGGGGGGGGGGGGGGGGGGGGGGGCACUAAUUGGGAUUCUUGUAAAGUGCGUUACUCAUAUGCAUAUUUUGUCAAAUUUUCAACUCCCAUCCCCCAUUUCUCAGUAUUACAUUUUUUAAAGGAUUUACAUGAAAAACUAUGUUUGUAGGGGUUGUUUGAUUUGAUAUUGGUUCCUUUUUUCAUUUCUUAGAUGAUGUCAUUGGGUUUCACUGUUAUCAUGACAAAGGUGAAUUAGGUAAGUUUGCUUAUGUUAAAAAAAUAUAGGGGGCUGUAUAUUAAAUACGAGUUUCUAGCGAGCAUAGUAUAAAAAUUUUUCUAAAAAAUCGUAUGAAAUUUUCUUUUUUUAAAUUGUUAACAAAUAAAGACUUUCUUGUUAUUUAUAGAAGGUGUAGGUAAGAGAAUGAGGAAAUUAUGGAAUGAGGAAAUCUCUAACAUGAUAACACAAAUUAAGUCAGCUGAUUUUGCCAUCUUUCAGCUACACUGGUUGUAUGUGAGUUCCAUGUAAACUCCAUUGAAUUUUGGAGGAAAGGAAAGCAUGUAGAUGUGCUAAAGAGUGACAAAAAAGCUUUUGAAGACUAACAGCAUCAUUUCAUUUUUCUUCUAGUUAUUUGAAAAUCCUGUUAUUAAUCUGCAAAAAUAAAAAAAAAAAAAUGGCAAUACGGUUUUGAGUUUUGUAAAAUUAUAACUUUUUCGAUUGUCUUCUCUUAACACUUAAUUGUAAACACAAAUUACAGAGACAUCAUUCUGUUUACAAUAUUUCUUUAACAGUAAACAGGCAAGAGCAACCCUACAAUGAAGAAAAACAACAGUUUGUGGAAGGUAAUAAUAUCCUAGUAAAAUUUGUUUAAUUUAAUGGAGCAUUCCAGAGGACGUUUAAGCCCUUUUAUUAAUAAAUUAGAUUGAUCUUUAUCUAAAUGAAGUUUUAAUCGUUCACAUCAUACUGCUUGAAAAUCAGUGAGCUGCUGUCUCAUUUUUAGUAAGAAUGUGAUCUGGUACAAUUAUGUUUGAUGACUGUCAGUUAAGUUUUCCUGUGUCAACAAUGCUUGUGACUUGUGAUUUAAUGAGGCUUGGCUUGUAGAAUAAAAAAAAAAAAAAAAGUUGAGAGGAUAACAUUUAUGCCAUAAGGUACUAUUUAAUGUGUCCCCAUGUUACCAGGUCGAGAUAUUAUUUGGACCCCGAGAAAUAAAAGGCCAGAAAGACUCAGAGACUGCAUUAAAGAAGUUGAGGUAAUAGUCUCAGUUAAUACAAUCGAAUGCUUCAAAAAAAUAUUGGUAUAACAUUGUGGAGUUUUUAAAAGAAACAUUUACUCGGAGAAAGUUGUGUCAUUCCCCCCCCCCCUCACCCUCUCUCUCUCUCUCUCUCUCUGUAGUUCAGCACUAAUCAUUUAUGCAUUUGUUUGAAUAAAUUAAUCUGAUGCAUAGUUUCAAUUUCAGGAACUAUUUGCUCAAUUUACCUGUGUUCAUAUAAGGUGGAGGAACAGGCAAGUUUUGCAGGUAAUGUUUAUUAGAGAUAUGCAAUCGGUGUGGCAAGGCACACUAGUGUUAUGGUUUUAUCAAUUCUUAUACGUACUAUUAUUUUAGUGUUGAUUAAUAUGAAUUUUAAAUUAUUGCCUUACCACGUAGCGUGCUUGUCUCAAUAUAUGUCUGUAAAAUGUGCUCAGUGGCUUAGGAAGCGUGGACAUGGAGGGGACGGUAAUUUUUUCUUUAUAUGGAAAGGCUGUAUUUUCUUCCAAAUGCUCAGUUUUUUCGUGGAGGGGGUAGCACUAACCCUAACUACAACACUAGAUACGCCCCGAUAUUUAAAAAACCUGUUUAGGUUUUAUCCAAAUAUGAAUGUUCCUACAGUAUAUGACUGCAUAUGAUGUGAAAAUUUUCUGCUUAGAAUUAAGGGUUUGCAUUAUUCGUAAUGUAAAGUAAUUUUUUUGUACAAUCAAAUUACUUUCUGCCACCGAGCCCAUUUACUAUCUGCACAUAAAGCCAAUAAUGUAAGUAGUGCCCUUUAAAUUAAGGGUUUGCAUUAUUCGUAAUUUAAGUAGUUUUUCAUGAAAUGAUAUUGUACAAUCAAAUCUACUUUCUGCGACCGAACCCACUACCUAUCUGCACAUAUAGCCAGCAAUGUAAGUAGUGCCCUUUAACAGGAUAUUAGCAUAGCUGUAUAUGUCACAAAUGACUGGGGCGGGGGUAUAGGACAGAGCUCCAUUGUUGUUAAAGUAACUUAUAGGAUGGAAGGUAACUGCUGUUAAUGGGGUUAAGUUAAGGUUAAUAGACUCUCACAUCUUGAUAUAGUGGGGGAUUGUUUCUUUGGAUAAUAGUAUGUUCGGGUUUUCCAGACUUCGCAUGAUAAUUUUUGGGUUAACAAUGGGAAGGUCUAAUUGACCGGAAAUUAGGGGGCAUGGGUGUGUUUAUAGAUAGCAUUCCUGGACCACCUAUGGGGGGUAGAGAAUCACAUAUAAGAGGGAGCUUUCACUGAGUUAAGGGAGUUGAGGAAGAGGGAACAGAGGUACGACGUAGUUGAGGAAGAGAAAAGAGCUACGAUAGAAUCAAGCAGUUGUUAGGGAAUAGUUGCUAGUGAUCAGGAGACGACAGAUGACUGGAAGAACUUAUAUCUUACAAAUAAACACACUUUCAUUAUCGUUGGACACCAGGAGUUUGAGUUGUUGCAUUUCGUCCAAGUCUACGUUGUGCUUUUGUCUGUCUCAAUGCCUAGACACCCACAAUAUAAAUCACAGAGAGGAGCGGUCCUGUACUGACCACUACUAAGUCAACAUAGUUUGUGUUAAGUCAGGACCGGAGCCCUCCUCCGUAACAACCGUUCUGUGACAGUAUAGGUGUAACAGUUCAUUUAAAAUUUUAUAAUUUGAAGGAUAUCAACAUUUAUAUUUUGAACGAAAUAUUUAUUUAGUAAAUUUUAGUAUUCUAUUAUUAAUUAUGUUAUGGAACAAGAUUAACUGAUCACAUUAUACGUGGACAUGGCAUUUUGGGGCUUUUUUUCAAACAUAAAAUUAGGGGUUCGCAUUUUUUGUCGACUGUGUUAUAAGCAGGAAUAUAUGGUAGUUUGGAAAAUCAACUUGGGUAUUAAAAAAUCAUAUUGCCUGUGACAAUUUGCGCAGAGCAACAUGUAAGUUCUCAAUUAGCUUGCCAGAUAAAGACAUAGUGACCAAAUCAUAUGAGAAAACAAAGUUGAUUGAACAUCUUUCAACAAUUAAAAAAUAAACAGGAUUUACAUUUCAAAACCAAAUCCGUCUAUUCCAUCCACACAAAAAAUCAUAUAGCCAAGUUCAUACAUUUAUUCCUCUGCAUUUUCUCUUGCUUGGAAAGAAUAAGUAAAUCAAAUCAAAUCUGUAUGGCAUCAAAAAAUUACCACUUAAAUUAGAACUUAAUAAAGACCUGAGAUGUUAUAUUCCAAAUAAUUAUUUCAAGUCUUUUAUUCAUUUUGUUUUAAUUUAUAAAGAACCAAUUAAACCAGAGAUGCAUUUGAUAAAAUCUUAAGUCUUAUAAAAGUUGGCCAAACCAUUUAACUCUGGAUUAAUUAUGAUAUUUGAAAUUCUUUUUUUUCUUCACUCUUUAACAGCUGCUGUUAAGUAAUGCCUGCAUUGUGACAUUUGUCAUCAGUGGUCACUGUGGUGAUAUUGAAAGGAUUUAUAUUGACAAGUCUCUGGUUGGCAAGUUAAGCUGUGAAACUGUCUGUGAUGGUGAGUGAUGAUCCUUGGUCAGGUUAGGCCUUGUAAUAAUUUUUCCUAACAUCAAAUUCAUAAACAGAGACUAUAAAAAAGAAAAUCCAUUAUAUGCCAGAUAAUGAGGGAGAGUGCAAACUAAUAUCAAAGAAAGGUGAUGUGUCUACAAGUUAAACACUCAAAAGUCAUUGCCUUUUUAUUCAAGGGUUUAAGGGGAACAUUGACUGAUGAUGGUUUUGUUUUGUCUUCCUUAUUGAUCUCUUUGCUGCGAGGGCUUUUCUCCUUCAAUCAUCCCAUGCCUGGUGUGUGUCAGCCGAUGUUUGCCAGCCAGAAUAAAGAUCAGCCAUACUCUCCCAUUCGCUCGUUUUGACGUUUCUUUUACGCAUGUCUCCAUAGUGCAGCCGUUCAAUAUGUCUUGCCCCCUCUGCCAAUUGUUUGUUCAGCAGGUCAUUUAGUAUACAGCAGGUCCUUUGGAUAUACAACAGGUCCUUUGGUAUGCAGCAUGUAUCUAUUCUCUUUACAUGGCCUAACCAGCAAAGGUGCCUCUUACUAAGAGUAGAGAACAAGCUGCACGUUUGGCAUGUUCCAGAACCACUGUGUAUUUGUUGUUGCUUUUUGAUAUUGAUAUAUAAUUAUUUUUUUUAUAUACACAAUCCCAAAUGUAGGCUGCACAUAUAUUUUAAAAUUAGGGGAAAAUACUUGGAACAAUACAUUAUAUAUAUGUGCAUGUGUGUGUGUAUAUAUACAUAUACUCCAAACAGGCUAAUUGUGGUGCAUAGCACAAUGGACUCUCUCAGUAGUUUCAGGGAAAAGCAUAAGCCAGACAGAGCUGUGCUCUAUUGUCAUUGCUGUUUGUCAUUUACUGUAUAGUACCACAUAUAAUGCAAAAAAUUUAGGGUAAAAAAUGCUUUUAAAGUAAUGGGUUUCCAUUCUAUGUGUAUGUGCAUUUAAGCAGUUUCCUUAAACUAUAUAGAAUAAUGCCAAAGCUAUUUGAUCCACCGCAUUCUGUGGCCGAGUUGCCAUAAUGCCAGUAAUGAGAGUAGCGCACCUUGGUGGGAUAUUAGUAAAGUUGUAUCAUUAUAACUACAGUUCAGUUUAAAUAUUAUAAUAAUUUAAAGGAUUUUAAACAUUUUUAUUUGAAAAUAAAUAAUUCUUCAGUUAAUUUAUAUUGUAUCAUUACAAAUGUUAUGAAACAGAUUUAACAGAUCACAUUAUACUUCCCCAACGUAGCAGCUGACGGAAUUAGAAAAAGAACACUGUAUGUUUUAUGUGGCAAAUUUAUCUUGUUUCCUAGUGUCAAAAUCGGACAAGGGAAUUUCUUUAAUUUUCAGCAUACCUAACAGAUCAGUUCUUUAUUGCCUCCCACUGUCACAUGAGCAGGGUGGACUAUGCCUACUUUACAAAAAGACCCCCACUCAAUGAGGCAGCUAAACGUCUUGACAAACUUUCAUCUUGGGAGCCAAAGGUUUUUUUUUUUGUUACCCACUUUGAAUUUUUGUUAAGUCUCAUCAAAAUUUAUUGUAAAAAAAUAAUAAUUGAUUUUAAAAUUGCAUUAUGAUAUUUGUGGUUUGUUUAUUUUGAAAUCCAGAUAAAUUUCUCAUUAGAAUUUUAAAUUAAUCAGCAUUAUUCUCAACUAUACAUUAGUAAUACUUUUACAUUAGUUUACUGAAAGUCAAUCAUUACUCAUUCUCACUCACCAUAUUAUUAUUUCACAGUUAAUUCAAAUAGAUAUUCCAGGACCGAAGGGUAGAAGAUUGGAACGAUGUUUUUCAAUGAAUACCUCACAAGACAUGGUGAGUUGAAUGGUUGCCAUUAGUUACCACUUAGUUCUUUUUACGGAAUAGCAUUUUAAAAAAACUGAUUUUUUAAAAAAAAAUGUGAAUGGGCCAUCAAUAAAAUCCUUUCACUAAUUCACUUAAUCUAGAUGCUAGUUUGGUGGUCAGUAGGAAGUGGAGAAGCGUGGCCAUGGAGCCCAAUGUCAAAUGAUAAAGAGAGAGCAAACAUCACUAUACUUUCUAUCAAUGGGUGAGUCUUGAGAAAUACCUUUUUUUAAAAAAAAAACCACCAAAUAAUACUGCUUUUGACUAAAAGCUUAAAAUGCUUUUUUUCUUCUAAUUUAUGCUAUAAAAAAAUAAACAUUACACUUGGCCUUACCCCAAUGUCUAAUUUUGAUUUUCAGCCCUAUGAUUGAUGUGAUGGCUUAUGCUAAAACUCAGUGUGACCCAGUACAUGCUCAAUUUAGGUACAAUAUGGUCAACUUUUUUACAUUUUUAAAAAAAGAAAGAAGGCUAAAUCCUUUAUAAAAAAAUAGAUAAAUUAGUUACAUUCUUCUCUUUUCCAACUAAUUUUGUUAGGACCAAGAUUUGAAUGGAUAUUUUAUUAGAGGAGCAAUGUUAUUUUAAUCUUACCUCUCAUUAUUGCUUAUAGAGUUGUGUUUUAUUUAAAAUGAUUUUAACUGCAUUUAAGGUUACACAUUUUGUAAGUCUUUUUUGUUCUUGCAUUCCAGUUCUCUACAACCUCAUCGCAUAUUUACCCUAGAGCAGGAUAUAGGAGGUCAUGGAGAGGUCAAGGCAAGGUCAUGCACUUAUGAAGUUAUUAAAGGGCAGGUAAAGAAUAAAACUGGGGGUACACUGUCUCUCUUGUCUGUUCAGACUCAGUUCAUCAAAUGUCUAACAUUAAGACUUAUAGCUAGAUAAUUGAAAUACUCUUACUUUAGUACAGGAGCUCUUAACUUUUUUGCAGACACCCCCCCCCCCCUUCUUGAUUUCAAAACAUAUUUUUAGCAUGACACACCCCACCCCACAUUAAAAUGUUAAUAAAAAUGUAAAUAAACUUGAGAAUAAAAUGUCUAACAUUAAAACUUAUAGCUAGAUAAUUGAAAUACUCUUCCUUUAGUACAGGAGCUCUUAACUUUUUUGCAACCCCCCCCCCCCCCCUUCUUGAUUUCAAAACAUAUUUUUAGCAUGACACACCCCACCCCACAUUAAAAUGUUAAUAAAAAUGUAAAUAAACUUGAGUUUCUGGAUCUCGCACACCCAGGGUGUGCAGGCCCCCUUGGUUAAUAACCCCUGCUUUAGUAUGUUAACUCAAUACAAUUACCAUUUAUUAGGCAUUUAUCAAUCUAAUAAAACUCACAUAUAGAUUUUUUUCUUGAUCUCCAUUUCAGAUUCAGACUGUUUCAGUUGUCAACAUACCUUUGAAAAGUUUGUAUUAGAAACCCACAGAGAUAUGUCUUAUAUCAGAUUAUGACUUGCGAGUGAAUGAAAUGUAUAAUGGUCUUUCUAUCUUUCAGUACCGUCGAUCUCAAAAUCUAUCAUUUUUGCAUUUAUCCUGAAAGUUACAUUGAAUAAAUCUCUUCCAUUUCUAAUUUAAGUAAUACAACAUUAUUUUCCACCUUAAAGGUAAGAUCUAUAUUUACGUUGCCAUUUCCUUAGGUACCAUUGUCUGCCAGGCAAGAAGUCCCCAUGAAGAUAAGUUGCUGUUGGGCUUAUCUGAUGCCACUAUAGUAAGUCUCAUUAGCUUAUGUUGCUUAGAAAAUUAAAUUCUAAUGUAUUUUUCAUCCAUAGACAUAACUUUUCAACUAAAGCUGUGUGAACUGAAAUGUCAGUGAUUUUAUUUUUGUUCAUGUCUAAAGGGAGUAGGUGGUUAAAAGAUUAUGUUGGUCAGACACCAAAUUUCAGCCCUAAAGAAGGGGAUGAUUUUGUUUGUUUGUUUAUAAUUGAAAAUGGUUGUUUUGCUACAUCACUUUCCUCACUUAAUCAGUAACUGUAGCAGCAAACAGAGAGGUUGUUCUCAAAGCUUAAUAAGCUCAUCAAACAUUAUCUACCGUAGUACCACUUUGCAAGAUAGUCUAUCUGUUUUAGCCAUUUUCAGCAUAGAAAAUGACCACGCAAAUGAAACGGACAUUGAUGAGCUUAUCAACAUUUUUCGCAGAGAAUAUGUGCCACAGAAAGAGUUUCAGAGCACACUGUAGAGUGUAGAGCCGUGUUGUCAUUAAACUACCAUGUGGACUUAUAAACUAAUGUUAUGACAAUCAGGUUUACAUGAUUUUUACUGGUUUAGUUACGUAACUGUUGGUUUUAGAGGGGGGGGGCCAUACAUAAGUUAUUGUAGGGCCUGUAUACACAGUUGCUGUGGGGCCUGUGAUGAAAUAGCUCUGAAACUUUUUCCAAUUUACCUCGUUACCAAUACCUCUUAGACUGCAUACACUUCCUGUUUGGUCCUUGGUGCAGUUUAUGUGUAUAUUUAUAUGCUACUUCAUAUCAAGCUACUUACCUGCUAAGUUUUCAUUUCCUUUUUAUCUAGUUUUCUUGUAUUUUGUAUUGUUGCAUUUGCUGAGGGAGGCAUUAAUUGGAUUGUCUUGUUCUGUAAUUCACGCUGCAAUAUGCCUGGAUUAUAAUAUUUAUUUAACAUGGCUUGAACACAGUCGCUACUAUAUUAUCAUAUAUUGCUAAUCUAAAAUGAAGGUAAAAUUCUUAAUGAGGCAUAAAAUUAAUUGUUGUAUCUGAAAUUUCUUUGUUGAUGCAGCUUGCAGUCAGAUUUAAACUGUAAUUGGCUGUUUAGAUACAUUUAUCUAAUCAGUUUCAUCACUUUACUCUUUACUAAUAAAAAAUUUUUUUUUUAAAAAGCAACAACGAAUCACACCUCUUGACAGACAUAUUGUUAAAGGAGAGCUGAUUGUCUCAAUUGAAAUGUUAGAAUACAUCUAUUCUUAUUGCAAAUGAAAGAAACAGCCACUCAUAAUUCUCUCUUCUCCAUCAUCAGGUGAUGUAUGAUGAACACAGGAAACUAACACUCUUCACAAGAGCAGCUGUUGUGAGUCAAGUUUAUUCUUGUAUUAAGUUUUGUUUUUGUUUGUGACUUCAGUAAAAUAUGUUUUAAUCUGGACAUAAGUUUCAUCUUCAAAAUUAGCAAACAUUAAUAUUGAAUUCUCAGUUUAGACAUUUUUUAAUAUAAAUAUUUCAAUAAGUAGCAACUUUUGAAAUUUUUAUAAAAAUAGAAUUAGUAAAGUUUUGUACAUUUACACAUUGUGUAUACAUUGUAUAUGUUUCCAGCCUCCAGCAAGCAUUUCCUGGCAUCCCAAUGCAUCAAUGUUCCUUGUUGCGAGUGCUAGAGCUGAUAUACAGGUAAAUUUCCUAAUUUGUCUCAUGUAAAUCAAUGCAGUAAUUAUAUUUUUCUCAGCAAUUUCAUAACUUCCAAAGCCAAAAUCCAAUUACAGCUUUCCAAACAUGUUUAGGGAUUGAACUUACUAUUUUACUUUUAGAAAAUUAGAAAAGCUUUUUUUUUUUUUUACAUUUUCUUUUUUGUUUAAAUGUGUCUAACUAUAUCAUAAAUUUAUCGGAGGUCUUCGAUUUAUAUGAUAUCACUGGCAGUUAUCUAUCUUCUGAAUAAUCAGGCAUUCUCUGAGUAAACAAUUUUGUGAUGUUGUUACUUCCAUUUCAGCUGUUUGAUAGAGCGUUAUCACCCAUGCGCAUUCAGCUUGUGAGCGAAGAGCCAUCCCCUGACAAAUUUCUCAGAGUCAGUAAAUUUUUCAGGUAAUUUUUCCCUGACUGAUCUUGUUAUUAAUCCUCUGGAUGUGCCAGUUACAUUCUGGAUUGUGUUACAUUUAAUAACAGCUGGUGAUUAUAAAAUGUCCAUGUAACUCAAGCUUAUAUGGUUACUUAGUAAUCUGGUCAUGUGAAGUUAAGACAAUCUCAAAAUGAUACAUAGAACUUAAAAAUAUUAUUGUGAAAGCUGUAUGAGAAAUUAAUAACAUCCCUGGUGAGUUCAUUCUGCAUAAAAUUUGUUGAUGCAAUUUAUUUUAUAUGGCUACUAUUUGUUAAAAAUUAUAUUCCUCAUUUCAAAAAAAUUUUUUUUUAGUUCUACCAAAUGAAUUGAAAAAAUAAUUUAAGAGCAAUUAAGAAUUGGUAAUCAUGUGGAAUGAGGCAGUUUAAAUUUAAUAAAUUUUGCUUUUUCUAUUUCUUUAGCUGUAUGAAUUUCAAAAUAUCUUCCGGUUAAAACUCUUUACAUUAACGCUAAAAUUUAAUUCCUCUCAUUAGUUAAAAAAAACAACUGAAAAGAGUUGUUGAUGUACUGUAUGGCUUUUUAACUGGAAAGAAUCUUUUUUAUUAUUUAUGCAGGGGUCAUCUACAUAUUAUGUAUGCACUGAGGGUGGAGGGGGGGGGGUGUUUGAUUUAGUAAAUUUUUGGAUACAGGUGUAUGAGAGGAUGGGGUUGGGGUCUCUGCAGAAUUUGACAGUCCAUUGCAUAUAUAGCCUAUUAAAAUCUUUUAUACAGCCAAAUGUCAUCUACAGUUCUGUGAAAUCCAUAAUUAUUAAUUAUUUUUAAAAGGUAAUAGAAUUUUAUACAAUGCAACUUGCUAGUCAUUACAACAGUAAGGUUUGGCCUAGUGACAAUUUUUUUGACAACUUAAGUCCACCAUAUGGUUCCGUGCAGGGGACAUCAUUGGUGAAAUAAUUAUUUCAUUUGGCUGAACCAAAGAUUGUCAACUAAGAUACAAUUUAAGUACUUCCAUACUUACCGCAGCUAGCAGCUGUCGCAAAAAGGGGAGAAAACCUACAUCAUAACUUUUUAAAGCGGCUUACGGUAACAUCCUAUUAUCUUGUAUGGCAUAAUUGUCUAUAAAUAAAUUGUUUGGGGUGGGGUAGAAGCUCAUUUGUAUGUACGUAGAAGUAAAUGAGUCCAAAAAUGUACAGGAUCAACAGGGAGAGGGCGUUAUGUACGUAAUAUAUGGAUGACAAACUACUGGAUAUUUGUAUUGUUACUUCAUAGAACGUCAGUAACUUUGAGACAAAUAGAGUGGUGCCCCUUCUCACCCCAUAGUUCUGAGUUUAUGACUACCUCAAUGGAUGCAGUUUUCCUUUCCUUCAGCAGGUAUUUCAUGUUACUAUUUAGUUGCUAUUUAAAUUACUAUUUCAAGUUACUGUUUCAAGUUAUUAUUUAAAGUUACUAAUUAAAGUUAUUAUGUAAGGGAACAUUUAAAACAAAACAAAGAAUUUUUUUUGUAAAAGUCUUUUUAAAAAAUAAAUCUAUGCUUAAGCUUCUUAGUCACCUGAUAAGAGAACGUUAAGCUGGUGGUAGAAGUAAUUUUCAUGGAAAUUGUUAUUCAAUGCUAUGACAAAACUUUUUUUUUUUACACCACAGAUUUAUUUAUAUUUUAUACUUUGGCACAGUGUAGUAGAUCAUGACUUUUUCUUACAAUGCAGAGGUCCAGUUGGUUUGCUACAAUUUCACCUAGGUGUUAGAAGUAGAGAAAGGUUUUCUGCUUUAGAGAUGGUAAAAGAGUACGUUAAAUACAAACAGAUUGAUGAGGUAAGACAUAUGGGAUAAAAUAUUUUGCAGAGUUGAAUUUAAUCUAGAAAAUUGCCUCCAGAGUCUGGCUUGGCAUCAUGCAAUGGUGGCAUUGCCACUCAACCAAGUGGUAACAGGUGUGCAUUCAUUCCAUGUCAUCCUAAGACAUGGGCAAAUAGUCAGCUGGAAUGCUUUUGUGUUAAACAAAAUUUAACGACCUAAGUCAGGUGACAGCUUCAACUUGACAUUGCAUUAACGAUGGUUUCUCUGUGUAAAAAUACUUGUAGUCUUUCCAGCUAAGUUGAAGCUGCCUUAGUAAAUCAAGAACAUUAGAAAGAAAAAUAAAUGAAAAUUGACAGUAAUGUUGCACAGUAAUUGGCAUCCAUCAGAUUUUGAGAGACGAAGGUUUAUUUGAUACUCUGUGUAUCAAAAAGACAUAUGAAAUUUUUUUUUCUUCAAAACAUUUGACGAUGUCUAACUCUCAGUUUGCCAGCCCAGUCAUCCCAAAGUUUAUACCAGCUACUCAAAUCUUCCUUGCUGUUUUCCAGUCAUCCCUUGAGUUUAUACCAGCUACUCAAUUCUUCCUUGCUGUAACCAAUUAUCCUGUUAAAUAAAAUUUAUGUAACCCAGUCUUUUCAAAUAAUAACAUUUUUCUCCCUUUUAUAGCAUUGAAAAAUGGUUCAAAUUAUUUUUUAAAGAUAUGAAAUGUAAGAAUCUUAUAUACAUACAUGCCAACCCGCGGGAUCAAAAACUUCUUGAUAAUUUCUUGAUUACUCUGAAAACCCAAGCACCAAGUGUCAUUGUUUUACUUGCUCUGUAAAAUAGAUGUGAUUGCAAUUAAAUUUGCAAAUAAAAUCCUCACCCUUGAAAAUGCAUCUGAUACAUUAGCUAAAUGACUGGGCUGGAAAAAAAAAGGAUUUAGGCUUCUUCUAGGAUUCUAAGUAGAAUUUUCCUUCUUUUCCUCAAAGCCUGCAACUAUUUUUUAAAAUGUGGUUUAAUAUCAUUAGCCCUUAAAUGUUUUUUUGCAAUUGCAUGUGAUGUCCUGAUUGAUGAUACAUGAGGCAUCUAUAACUCCAUGUAUGGUGUUUGGUCAGACACUCAGAGUAGUAGAAUAGUGUGGAUGUUUUUUUUUUAGGCAACUGUAAAUUUGUUGUAACAUUGUUUACAGGCUGUCAGCUUACUCACUAGUAUGAAUUGGGACAAUGAAGGGCAAUCCUGUUAUGCUUGUCUGUCAGUUAUUGUGAAUUACCUUUUAAGGAUCCCUCUAAAUGCUGAAAGAGAAGGUAAUUGCUUUCCUUUUUUAUUGCAACAAAUUUUUUUUAGGAUCAACUUACAGUUGAGUUAACUCACGCCUCCAAAUGUGUUGCUUUUCGUCCUUCCAAAUGCUGACAUGGUACUGGCCAUGCCAGAGUAGAAUCAACUGAAAUUAAUGCAAAAGUUGAGGAUUAUGUGGUUAAACAUAACUUUAAACAUUCUUUAAAAUUAUUACCUAUACAAUAGAAUUUGAUGCUUGUGGAGAUUAAUGAUGGUGACCGUAGGGGUGGCAUUGAAAGUUAAAACAUACUGAUAUUCAACUUCAGAUAUUAUAAUUCAUAGGAUAUUCAAAGUAUAUUGUAUUCCCUAUUUUGAUUGUUAAAAUUCAUUCAUUUUCAUAAAAAUUAAAACAAUUUCUUUAAUUUUUAUAUUUUUAAACAGGAAAAUAAUAUUUUUUUUAUAACUUUGCUUUUAAGAAUCAAUGUAAACGAAGGUGCAUUUAUACCAUACAGAGUAGCCCUAGUUCUAAAAAUCUUGUCAACAUUCAUGUUUGUAUUUAUUUAAGGCCUUGACUUUUCAAAUUAAAAAUUAACUUCCUUACUAAUGAUGAAUUCCUUUUACAAUUUAUUGCAGAAAUAAAUAAUUUAUUGAAAAUAUAUAAAUAUAUACAAUUUUCAAAAUUGUAAAACAGCAUUUUAAUACUAAGAUUUUUUUAUAGUUUAACUUUAACUUUUAGCUUUAUUAUAGCACAGCUUGAGGCAGCACUUGCAACAUUUUAUGCACCAAAACCUGGAAUAUCAGAGGCAACCAUUUUGGAAUACAGAGACCCAAUAAGUCAGUUGGCUCGGAGAUUUUUUCACCAUUUACUUAGGUAAUGAUAUGUUAUAAUAAUAUUUUGUUACAACUGAUUAUUAAAUCAUUAUACUUAGAUUUAUAUGUAGAACAUUUCUCUACGACACGCUCCAGUAAUUUUGGACAAGAUUUCUUAUCUGCAAUAAUAUCUACCUAUUUUCCGUAUUAUUCACUGAUAUUUUUGUAUUGUACUUAAAUUUCUUGAAGAGGUUUCCAACUCUAAAUGAAAAUGAUUUCCAGACCAUCACAGUUGCUUUCUACUAGUUUGUUGUGUGAUGUGACUUAGAAGUCUAAUUAUAUUAGCCAAGAAAAUAUUUAAAUCUGCCACCUCUAUAUACAGAUAUGUUCGAUUUGACAAAGCAUUUCUACUUGCUGUCGACAUAGGAGCAAGAGAUCUUUUUAUGGUAAAAAAAUUCUUUAAAUAAUAUCUGAUGCUGUUGUUUUUCACUUGUUAAUCAUCUUAAAAUGAAAUAAUACACAUUUUCCUUCCCAUGGUACUCCAGUGUAUUUAAGAUAUUCUAUUCUCUGCGGCUUGUUAUAAAUCUUUCCACUUUCUCUUCCAUGUUUUAUUUGCCCUGGUUUCCUUUGUGAUCCCUUGUCAUUUUGUUUUAUUGUGUUAAGCCCCAUUCCGUACCGAAAAAUUGAAUUACAAUAAACCAUUAGUAUUUCAUUCUACACAUUGUACCAAAGGCUUUCUUGUGGGGUCACAAGUUGAGGACACAUUUUUUACAUUUCUUUUCCCUUCAUGAAUAAGUGAAUCCCCAUUCACACAGAGAACAGAGAAUGCUCUUAAAAAGUUGCUGGAAUGGAUGUUGCUGUCAAACAUUAGAGACAAAAGAUAUAAUUUUAUAGAAUUGUGCUUCUUUAAUUGCAUAUUUAAUUUAAAGAAAAAAAGAGUUGUCAACUCUAAACCCCAAAUGCAAACCUUAUUUUUUAACUUAGUGUUUUCAACUGAAAUAAAUUUCAUUUAUAUUAAAAGAUUAUUUUCUUGUUCCAAUUUUCUAAGGACAUUCAUUACAUGGCAGCAGACAAAGGAGAAGCAGCACUGGCAGAAGUAUCGAAACGAAAGGCUGAACAGAUUGAAUCUGAAGGGCUAGGUGUGUUAAAAAUUGGUCACAAAUGAGUAUGUAAAAUAUAAUUAUCAAGUCUGUGCAUUGGUUUACUCUAAAUGCCAAUUUAGCAAGCUUUAGUAAUAGAAAAUUAUAACAGUGAUCAACAAAAAAAUUAACCCAGCCUUGAAUCUAUUAAGUUUUUUUUUUUUAAUUACUGAGAAAAUGUUUAACUGACUGCAUUAUAAAAAUAAAAUGAAUUUUGGAAUCAGUUUUAAGCAAUAUUUUAUAACUCCAUGCUUAUUUAUAAAGUUUUACAUUUUCUGUUUUUCAGACACACUGGAUGGUUUUGAUAUUGACCCUUACCUUCUUGCCACUCGUCACUCUUCUAUUAAUAAUAUGCAGAGAAAUUGUGAUGAAAAUGAGCGUUAUUUAGAUGAGGUCAGACAUAGAUAAAGUUUUAAAAUAACUAAAAACACUUAAAUUUUCUAAGGAGAAAGGCAAGUUUUAGAUUUUGUUGCAAGAAAAGUAGCAAUCCUUGCGCUAAAAAAUUUGUUUACAAUUGAUUGUAAAGAUUGUCUAAUAGAUGAUGUCCGAUUUUUGGAUAGUAUGUGUUUAAAAGCCUUGGGCAAUUAAAACUGUUUGUGUGUUGACCUCUGGGUGGUUUAAGAAUUAUAACCUUGGACAUUAUACAAUUUUAGUUGUAGCAAAACAAUUAUUUUUAUUUACUUAGCUUCCAAGUUCAAGGCAGCAUCCCUGGCAACAAGAAUAUUAUUCAAAGUCUCGGGAAAGAUUGUCUGGAAGACGAGAAAGAACAGAGCCCCAGUUUGCUGACGGGUAUGUUUUUAAAAAAAUUCUUUAUAUUAAUUUCACUUUUGUUCAUGUGUUUGUGGCGAAAUCUUCAGAUGGCUCAUUGACCCACUUCCUGUCAUCCUGUUGAGAUGAAACUUGGCACAUGGACUCAUUGCCUAUGACAACACAUUCUAUCAAAUGGGUGCGUGUUUUGGUGUGGAGAUUAAUUGUGUAGCUUUUGCUAUGUGCUUUGUGUUAGUGACAUAUUUGUGUUUUAAUAUACUAUUUUUAGACUAUUAUAUGCACUAAGUUUGGUAAAAACCAUUCCCAUACCAAAAAUGUGUUACUACAAUCAUAUAAAUGAUAAAUCACUUACAAUGGCAUAAAUGACCCAAAAAAAUGCUUAUAAAAUAGUCAUGCGAAAAACUUUAUUUUUAAGGGUUGUUUAAUUUGGAUAUUGACACUUACAGUAAAGAAAAAUGUUAGGUUAGUAUUCAUAAAGUUCAAUCAUCAAUUUUAAGAACCGCUAAGGAUUAAUAGGUGAGACACAAUUAUUUUAAAUCAUUUACUUUAAAGGUGUAUAAAUGAAUUAAAAUUAAGCUGUUGACAGUGAGUCACUGUUUCAAAAUAUUAUUCUUUAUCAUACAGAUCCUAUCCUGACCUGGGUGACAUGCGACUCCAUGAUGAUUUAAUCACAGAUUACACUGCGGCUCUUAUGGACUCUAGUAACAAUGGUUAGUUCUUAGGAUUAGGGUACUUAUUUUGAAAUAAAUUUACUUCCUGUAACUCAGGGGUCGGGAACCUUUUUGUCUGAGAGAGCCAUGGACACCACAUAUUUUGAAAAGCAAUUCUGUGAGAGCCAUACAUUGUGUUAAAACUAAACGUUCAAGUAAAUGUGUGCAUUUUGUGUAAUUUCAACACUAAAAAUGCAAUAAUUAUGUCUCUGAAUUCUUUUUAAUAACAUUGUUAUGCUGUUGCUAAUCAAUAAUGAGUAUUUCUUACCAUUAAUGCAACUUUUUUUAAAAUAACAUUUGUCUGCGAGCCAGAUGCAGCCAUCAAUAGAGUCACAUCUGGCUCGUGAGCCAUAGGUUCCUGACCCCUGCUGUAACUAACAUUUUGGCCUGGAAUUGUGUUCUUAUUAAAAAAAAAAUUUUUUUUAAAUUUCCUUCAGGGCCCAGAGCUCUUAAUGGAGAUCCUAAUGAUGAUGAGGAAGAAACAGAAAGACAAGAUGAAGGGGGAGGAAGUGGAAAAGUGAAAGUUAUACACUUUGGCAUUGUUUGAAAACUUGUUGGAAUUGUUAAAUUUUAAUGUUGCAUCUUAUUGGUUGUGACUAUUUAAAUCAUAUGAUCUAAAAGGGGGCCAUCAAUAUAUUAUCUAUGC